CCCGCUGCUCCUGCUUCUGGCUGUGUGACACUAAGCCUAACCAGCCAACCAUCGAUCCAAAACCGAACGUCGCUCCCGCUACCGGCCAUAACCCCUCCAUAAGCCCCUCCAUCUCAGUCAUACCCUCACCGAUUGUCACCCGUCCAUAACUCGCAGACAUGCCGACCAUCUCCGUCGACAAGUACGCCCUCUUCGACGCCCUGGGGAAGAACUACACCACCAAGGAGUUCGACGAACUGUGCUUCGAAUUCGGCAUCGAACUCGAUGAAGACACCGAACAUGACAAGGAUCGGCCAAAGGACGAGGCUCCUCAGCUCAAGAUCGAGAUCCCCGCCAACAGAUAUGAUAUGCUCUGCUUCGAGGGUAUCGCUCUGAUGCUCAACAUCUUCUUGGGCAGGGCGACAGUGCCCAACUACAGGGUCGUGGCGCCGCCGGACGGCGAGGUCCAUCAGAUCACUGUGACCGAGGAGACCACCAAAAUCCGUCCAUACAUCUCGGCCGCCGUACUGCGCGGUGUCAAAUUCACGCAGGAGCGCUAUGACUCCUUCAUCGGGCUUCAGGACAAGCUGCACCAGAAUCUUUGCCGGCAAAGAACCCUCGUCUCGAUGGGCACGCACGAUCUGGAUACUGUGAAGGGGCCCUUCACCUACGAAGCUCUCGCUCCGGAGGAUGUUGUGUUUACUCCGUUGAACCAGACAAAGUCCAUGAAUGCUCGGGAGCUCAUGACUUUCUACGAGAACGACAAACACAUCGGACGAUACCUCCACAUCAUCCGCGAUUCCCCAGUGUACCCGGUUGUCCUCGACGCGGAGCGCAACGUGUGCUCGUUGCCACCGCUCAUCAACAGUGACCGCUCCAAAAUCACUCUGGAGACUCGGAACGUCCUGAUCGAGGUCACGGCUACAGACCGGACUAAAGCGGAAAUCGUGACCAACAUGCUUGUCGCCAUGUUCUCGCAGUACUGCGAUGAGGAAUUCACCGUCGAGCCCGUCAAGAUCAUCUCCCCCCACAACAACGAGACAAGAGAGGUCCCCAACGUCACGCCUCGCGCGACAACGGCCGAGAUCUCCUACAUCAACGCCUGCUGCGGACUCGAGCUCUCGGCGGAGGAGAUCUGCAAGCUGCUCACAAGGAUGUGCUACUCGGCGAAACCUUCUGCGGCCAACGCGGAUAUCCUCGACGUCGAUGUACCCGUCACCCGGGCGGAUGUGUUGCACCAGUGCGAUAUCAUGGAGGAUGUUGCCAUCUCGUACGGCUACGAUAACCUCACAAGAACGUUCCCCAAGGGUACUGGCGGCACCAUCGCCAGCCCUCUGCCUCUCAACAAGCUCGCCGACAUCGUCCGUCUCGAAUCGGCUCUGUGCGGAUGGUCCGAGGUGAUGCCUCUGAUCCUGUGCUCGCACGACGAGAACUUCGCCUGGCUCAACCGAAAGGACGACGGCACCACCGCCGUGCGGUUAGCCAACCCCAAGACCGCCGAGUACCAGAUCGUGCGCACCAGCCUGCUCCCCGGUAUCCUCAAGACCAUCAGGGAGAACCGAAAGCACAGCUUGCCCAUCAAGGUCUUUGAGGCCAGCGAUGUCGCCUUCAAGGACAUGAGCCUUGAGCGGAAGAGCAGGAACGAACGCCACUUUGCUGCUGCCUACUGCGGAAAGACGAGCGGCUUCGAGGUCGUCCACGGCCUGCUGGACCGUCUGAUGGCCAUGCUUAGCACGGACAUCUCGGAGACGGGCGCGGUCGAGCCGAAGUUGGGAUACUGGAUCGAGGCGGCUGACGACUCUACCUACUUCCCUGGCCGAGGAGCGGCCGUUUUCCUCCGACACCUUCCCGUCGACGGCUUGGGCGAGAAGACGCAGAAGAUUGGCUCGUUCGGAAUAUUGCAUCCUUCGGUUUUGGAGAAGUUUGAGAUUCCAUACCCCGUUUCGGCAGUCGAGUUGAACCUGGAGGCUUUCCUGUAGACUUUCCUGUAGACAAGCGAAGACGGAAGAUUUAUGGUGGGCGUUUGGAAAAGGUUCUGGGAAAAAUCAAAACCAAAAAGCGUCUUCAAUUGCGGAUAUACUAUUGAACUAAUUUCAAUCGAGAUCGCUAGAAUUGUGUACUGGGGAAUGAUCGCUAGAAUUGUGUACUGGGGAAU